AUGGCGUCCACUAAGGCUGUGAUUCUGGUCGGUGGUCCAUCUCGAGGUACCCGCUUCAGACCAUUGUCUCUCGACGUUCCCAAGCCACUAUUCGAAGUCGCCGGCCACCCGAUCAUUUCCCACUCCCUCAAAGCCGUCGCCAAAGUCCCCGAUCUCCGCGAGGUCAUUCUAGUUGGCUACUAUGACGAAUCCGUCUUCCGAGACUUCAUCAAGGAUGCGGGCAAGGAGUUUCCACACUUGCGCAUCCAGUAUCUGCGCGAAUAUCAGGCAUUGGGUACCGCUGGCGGUCUCUACCAUUUCCGCGACGCAAUCCUUAAGAACAAACCGGAGCGAUUCUUCGUUUUGAACUCUGAUGUCUGCUGCUCUUUCCCUUUGGGGGAGAUGUUGAAGUUGUUUGAGGAGAAGGAUGCCGAGGCUGUGAUUCUGGGAACACGAGUCAGUAACGACGCUGCGACAAAUUUUGGUUGUAUUGUAUCGGAUGCGCAUACGAAGCGUGUCCUGCACUACGUCGAGAAGCCCGAAUCGCAUAUUUCGAACCUGAUCAAUUGCGGUGUAUACUUGUUCGCGACUGAAUGCAUCUUCCCUUCGAUCCGCAGUGUGAUCAAGCGCCGUGCCACCCGUCCGCGACUACUCUCCUACCCCUCAUCAGAGAACCUUGACUCUUCGUUCAUUGCCGAAGACGAUGAUGGCGAAAAGCCCGAGAUCCUCCGCUUAGAGCAGGAUAUUCUGUCUGAUCUUGCCGACAGCAACCGCUUCUUCGUCCACGAGACCAAGGAUUUCUGGCGGCAGAUCAAAACUGCUGGCUCUGCUGUGCCAGCCAACGCCUUGUACCUUCAAAAAGCCUGGCAGGCUCAGUCCGACGAACUCACUCCUCCCUCUGCUUUCAUUGUGCCGCCCGUUUACAUCCACCCUACAGCUGAAGUCGACCCAACCGCGAAGCUGGGUCCCAAUGUCUCUGUCGGCCCACGUGCCGUGAUCGGUGCUGGUGCUCGUGUCAAGGAAUCUAUCAUCUUGGAAGAUGCCGAGAUCAAGCAUGAUGCUUGCGUUUUGUACUCUAUCAUCGGCUGGGGUAGCCGUGUCGGUGCCUGGGCGCGUGUAGAGGGUACACCGACMCCGGCCGGUAGCCACUCCACAAGCAUCAUCAAGAAUGGAGUCAAGGUGCAGAGUAUUACGAUAUUGGGCAAGGAGUGCGGCGUGGGCGAUGAAGUACGAGUACAGAACUGUGUCUGUCUGCCGUAUAAAGAGUUGAAGCGGGAUGUCACGAACGAGGUCAUUAUGUAG